ACGCGCGUUCAAGUGAUAUCCGAAAAUGCAAUCAAUUACACACGAUCGGGGACGGGCAGCUAAAAAACGCAGGGAUAAUUCACAUCUGUAACAAGACGUAAUGUUGCAAGUGAAAUAAUAACACCUAACUAAUCAUGAAGGUCCAAUCAUCCCUGCCCAAGAUGGUACGACACGGCUUAUUGGCUGCUGUGCUGAUCCUGGCUGUUUGCGAACUCAUCGAUGCAGCGUCAUUGGCCGAUACAAGAGAAAGUGUGAUGAAUGCAACUGGUUUGUCUGACAUGACGGUUAUCAGCAUCCUCUCUGUAGCGUCUUGUCUCUGCCUGAUCAUUGCUUUUGUUGGAUGUGCCUCCUGCUGCAAAACUGGAUUUGCUCAGAAAUUUGAGGACACCACCACAGAGACCACAGUCGUUGGUGAGCAGUACACCCGUUUCUCUGACUUCAGCCCCCCGACCAUGAGCACGCCAAGCCGCCCACCAGGCUCCCACGAGCCUGAGACCGUCACCAUCGAACCCUUACCCCAGCUACCAGGCCGUACAAGUAACCAGUGGGUGAACGUCAUAAGGGUGAGCGGUGGUACUGGUGGGGGGCUGGACCCUGGACAGACCCUGCAGAGCAUCAAGCUGAUUGACUCGCCCAGGUUCCAGUUCCCUAGAGGGCAGAUUAGCUAUGUGGAUGAGAUGGGCAAUGGUUGGUUUGGCAAGGUUUUACAGGGUGAGGCCCAGAGGAUGCACCCAGGCCUGCGUAAGUCCCGCGUUGUCAUCAAGCAACUCAGGGAUACAGCCACGCCAGAGGAGCAACUCCUUUUCCUCCAAGAAGUCCAGCCAUACAGGGAGGUGAACCAUCCCAACGUUUUGCUGCUACUAGGCCAGUGCAUUGAUAGCAUGCCACUACUGCUCAUUUUAGAGUAUGCGCCAUUUGGUGACCUCAAGUCCUAUCUGCGCAAGCAUCGCGACGACGUCCAGCAGAUGGCCCAACAAGACAUCCAGCUCAAGAUGGCCGCCGAUAUAGUCAGUGGUCUGAUGUGGCUUCACCAGGCUGACUUCAUUUACAUCGAUCUUGCAACUCGUAAUUGUCAAGUCAGUGCAGACACUUCAGUCAAGAUUGGUGACUACGGCCUUGCCCUAGAGAAGUACCCAGAUGAUUACUACAUCACCAAGGAUAACACCCAAGCCAUACCCAUCCGAUGGCUGGGCCCGGAGGUCAUUGACCUUGCAGAGGACGGCACAGUCAAGACGAAGAAGAUCACUAAGGAGUCCAACGUCUGGUCGUUUGGCAUUAUGAUGCUGGAGCUGUCCACCGGUGCCAAGAGGCCGUACGCCAAGCUGACAGACGAGCAGGUGCUUCAGCAGGUGGUGAAAGAACAAGAGAUACGAGUGGAUAAACCCAACCUCAGCAUUCACUAUGCUGCUAGAUGGUUUGAGAUCAUGAUGUACUGCUGGCUGGAAGCCGACAUCCGCCCCACCAUGAAGGAGCUACACGAUCUCAUCCAGUACCUCAAGGACCACCGGGACCGGGUUGACAUGCCUGACUUUGAGGCUCGCUGGAACAACCUAAAGCCAGCAGCCCUACAAGAAUCGUCAGAGUCCGGGAAAGAAGAUGAGGUUGCUCCCCCUUCAACAAUUCAGAAAAACCCACCUGGAUUCGAUGAUGAUUUCAUUUCCCAGCAGCAGAAUGAGAAGCCUUCGCCUACAAAACAAUCCCCGGUGAUAGUCCCCCCUAAAGCAAAGCAAGAAUCGCCUGCCAAAACAGUCGGGUUCAACUCCGAUUUCGGAUCAGCACCAGUGGCUUUCAUCAAAUCACCUCCGGAGAAUGUUACCGACAUGCCGAGCCCCAACAGGAACAUGAAUGCGGAAACCGGUACUGCCGGGGACCAGCCACUGUUUGAUGAUGACUUUGUGACAGCCGUCGUGCAGCCGACCAUUGAAGCUGCCCCACAGCCUGAUGUCCCGGUUGAUCAAUUCCAGUCAGAGUUUGUGACGCAAGUGGAAGUGCCAGCAACUCAGUCGGCCCCGCUGUUUCUCGUACAAGAUGGUGGAAUUAACAUCAAGGACGAAACUCCCAAACCAGUGUUACAAUCAGAUUUAGUCCCAUCAUCCGCACCAACCGACGAGACAUCACCAGAUAUCUCUCUCCAAGCUCCACAAGAAAUCUCUUUUGAUGAACCCCAGCCAGAGCUGGACGCUGAAGUCCAACGCACCAGCACUCCAGUAGUAAGUGAGGAGCAUUAUGACCCCUCUGCCAACUUCUCCAUGGUGAGCCCUGCCGCAGACCACGAUCCUAACACCUUCAUCUCAACGUCCAGCCUGUCCCUCAGCAAGACACCCACCCCUAAUGAAGACUCCAUAACAUUCCACUCAAUGGCCACACCGGACAGCAAGGAUCAAACCGAGUUCCUAAGCUUUGACACAGCUAACACCACCCCAAGUACCAACUACCUAACGCCAACCAAAGACCACACACCAACCAUGGAUAAUACCUUUGAUACCACGACAAGCUUUCAGGAUGAGGAACCCACAUUCAUAAUCAAAACAGACACAACCCCAGUUGACGUACAGUCCACUGAUCCACUCAGUGCCCCAUUGCCAGCAGACCACUCCCCGACAGAAUUCACCACUUUCGUGACUGGAGAGGCACACCCACUGGCAGCAGAAGACCAGUCUGCUGCAGCUGUUCCAUCAAGCGAUGUCACCCCUCUGGAGACUAAUGAGAGUUUGGUAGUGCAACUAAGUACCCCAACGCCAGCGGACCACUCCCCGACAGAAUUCACCAGUUUCGUGACUGGAGAGGCACACCCACUGGCAGCAGAAGACCAGUCUGCUGCAGCUGUUCCAUCAAGUGAUGUCACCCCUCUGGAGACUAAUGAGAGUUUGGUAGUGCAACUAAGUACCCCAACGCCAGCAGACCACUCCCCGACAGAAUUCACCACUUUCGUGACUGGAGAGGCACACCCACUGGCAGCAAAAGACCAGUCUGCUGCAGCUGUUCCAUCAAGUGAUGCCACCCCUCUGGAGACUAAUGAUAGUUUGGUAGUGCAAUUAAGUACCCCAACGCCAGCAGACCACUCCCCGACAGAAUUCACCAGUUUUGUGAUUGGAGAGGCACACCCACUGGCAGCAGAAGACCAGCCUGCUGCAGCUAUUCCAUCAAGUGAUGCCACACCUCUAGAGACCAAUGAGAGUUUGGUAGUGGAACCCCCGGGCGAAGAUACACUCAUGCAGUCCGGCUUUUUCGACAGCACAGAUUCCAGUUUUGCAACUCCUCAACAAGCUCCAAGGGACCUGUCCAGCCUCUCCCUCCUCCCCUCAACGGAAACCUCACAAAUCGUCUCCUCACCCUUCACAAUCACGAUGAGCACUGAUGGAGCCGGCUCACCUCUAGAGGGCGCCCUCUCAGUCCACUCCGGGACGGGCAAUGGAACGGUCAGCCACAGCUUUACGUCAUCAUCAUCGUCUAGCAGCAGCACACGUGUUAUGAAAACAACGCGCACGGUGCGCCAGGUCCGCAUAGUCGGAGGGCAGGAGAUUGUGAUGGAGGGCGAUGGCGAGACUAUAGAGGGCGACGGUGUUGUGUCAGUGGUUCCUGGAGCGGACGGGGAUGGGACAGUCAUUCAGACACUCUCAGGUGGUGAGUUACAGACGUCAUCAAGUAGUUUCCAGUCCACUCAGCAAACAUCAUCCUCUAUGAUGAGACAAACUAGCGGCAGCGAGCAGCUGGCAUCAUUCACAGUCACCCCAGGUGGCGAGAUGACAAGCAGCGAUGGCACGAUAUCCGUCACAAGACAGAUGAGCGGUGAGAUGUCAUCGUCAUCCUCAACGUCAUCAGUCACACGACAAGUGAGCAGUCAGCAGGUCUCAUCCUUAACCAGCGAGAUGAGUGGAGAGGCAACAUCCAUGGUUUGGCAGAUGAGCGGCGAAAGCACGUCAUCCAUGACGCGCCAGUUAAGCAGCAGCAGUUCCAGCAGCAGCCUGACUGCAGCAAGCAGUAGCAAAGUCGUCACCUCCCAGAAGACCGUCGCUGAAGCAUCCGCACUGCAGCAAGUUAGCAGUUCCAACAACGCCAUCUCAGGCAGUGGAGAUCUAACAUUCAUGCUCAGCGGCGAUAACGCAUUGAAACAGAUGGGCAGCAGCAGCACGUCAGUCGUCAGUCACAGCUCCAGUUCACAGAGUCUGUCUCGCAGCGAGAUGUCCUCCCAAGUUGUUUCGUCGUCGGAGCAAAGCGGGGAAGCUCCAAGCAACGUCACAGUGUCCCGUAGCAUGAGUGCCUCAGCCAGCCAGCAGCAGCAAUCCUCAAGUGUACAGAUCAUGACUCAGAGCUCAAGCAAUGCCCAGCAACCCGUGGCCUUUGACCUGAACAGACUGAGUCUCGACGCAGCCAACGGAAAUUCCCUGGUGGAAGGUGAACCCGGUACCACCGUACAGAAGACCAUGAAGGUGACUACUGGACCGGGGCAGGUCAGCGUGGGUCAGGCGAUGACCAUGCAGGGCGGAGGGUCUGAUGUCAGAGAGAUGGAGAAUGGAACCAAGGUAUCCGUCCAGUGGCAAGGUUCAGCAGCCGCAAAACAAGAACACAGCGUCUUCUCGACGGAGUUCACAACGGAUGGAUCAUCUGGUCAGCUUGAAGGACUGCCGGGCCAGUCUAGUCAACUCGCCGUUACUUUGCCAGAGGGGGACUCUACCUCUGAGGGAAAUUAAGAUUUGUGUAGCCACUUGCUUUUUGUAGUUUUAGGAUCCUUUUUUUGGUAGUCGUUUUAGUGUAUUGCUUUGCUGAAUUAAAUUAGCUUUGUUGCUUUAAGUGCUCCUGCAGAAAUUUUUACCAUUAUCCAGCUACACCCAUCAGAAUCUAAUAAAUUGAGUGUGAGGCCCUCUAGAUCCUAGAGAAUCCAACAAAUAGACCAGAGGUCUUAUUAUACCUCAGAUCAUCAAAAUUCAAUUGAAACUGCCACUCAUAGGUUUAGUUGGAUAAUCCUUAUUCUAUCACAGUCUACCCAUAGGAUUUGAAAGUAUUUUGAUAGUUUUUGACGACUGCACCACCAAAAUUCUACUUUUGUUACAAUGAAUGUGCCAUUGGUAUCCUGUUCAAUGCUGGAUUUCGUAAGAUUCAGGAUUGUUCCAAGGAGAAAGCUGUCCGGAGUGCUAGGGUUAAUGUACAAAGUGUAGUUUUACGUUCUGUGAAAGGUGAAUAUUUUCUGGUAGUCAUAAAGUUUUUCAUUUUGAAGUUUUAGAUGUAAUGUUCAAUUUUUUUGCAGCUUUAUCACAUUUGCAUUCACAUUAAUGUUAAUAACCAAAAAAAAAUAAUUGAUGAGAAAUUGUACUGUACUGUAUCAUUGUGAUUUGUACUCGUAUGUUAGGGAGUUUUGCGUGAGCUUUGAAAAAACUGUAUUUUUGUAUUCAGAAAUAAUCUAUGUGUAAAUGAAUUUGAAAUCAAAAGAAUACUUUUUUAGGACAACUGAAUAACAAUGUACAUAGAGCUUAUUUGAAAACAUUUAUUUUAGCAGAGUCAACUUUUUGUGCGUAUUCAUUAUUUUUCAUACAUUUACUGCAUAGAAAUUGUUAAAAUCUGGUACUGGUAUUCAAAGUGUAUACACAGUUGUCAAUUUUUUAAACUAUUUUUGUAAAAUGCGGAUGAGGGAAUUAGAGACAUGUAAACAAGUGUUUAUUCCAGCUAAUUUUUUGUUAGAGUGACACAACUUAAUUAAUUGAAACUUUAUUCUGGUGUAUGUAUGUUGAAAACCAAAUUGCCAUAAUAAUUGUUAAAACUGUUUGUAACUCAGUUUGUAAGAUUAUGUAUUCAGAAUAGCAUUGUCAAGUAUGGGCAGAAGGAAGGUUGUUUUAAUACUGUGGCUAACCAUUGUUAGAUUAACUUACACCGAUCGCAUGCUUCUCAUUGAUUGUAAGAGUUGUCUCGUUGACUCUUUGGGACCCUCCUGAAGACGUUAACCCUUUAGCUGGUUAGAGUAGCCAAUAAAUAGCUGGUAAUAAGUAGCGGGGAGCCAGGCGUAUCAGAUUAGUGAUAGCGUUUGACCAUGAUUUGCCUCCACAUGCACGGUGCGGUAUAUCACAGAUCAACCACAGCUGCAAACCUGCACAUUGUAUUCCAAAGAUUUUUUUUAAAAAUACGACAAGCAGCAGCCUUAAAUAUUGCAUUAUCUUUAUGAACAUAAACAAAAUGUAUUUUCGUGAAUAACUGUAUUCAGAGAGUUAUAUAUGAUGCAGUACUAGAUUGCGUACAUGUAUUUUUGUCGUCGGAUUUUUUCAAUGAGUUUCACCACUGUUUAAUGUAAUACUCAGAUUAUUGUUUGCGAAUUCAUAUCAUUAUUUUGAAAAAUAUGUUUGGUAUUUUAAGCAUUUUAAAACAUAGAAUGUGUCAUCAAUGUCAAUAUUUUAGAUAUACACAAAAGAGCUGGGGUAACUCAAAAGCUCUUUUCAUACUUCCCAUGUAAAAAUUGGUCCCAUGACAAGUGAUUGUUUUGUUUUUGUUUUUGUUAGGAAAUCACUUUUUUUAAACAUUGGGAAGAGAGGUAGAAAAUAGCUUUAGGACAUGUUUGUUAAACAAUCUAUCAACAAUUUUUUUUUUUUAAAUGCAGAGAUUUUAUUGUGGUUUUAGAUAUUUCGUGUAAUGUAUUUGCAGAUGAUAACUUUCCCAGCCAACAUUCCAGCUUAUGUUGUCAAAUUGACUUUUUGUUUCGUGAUCAAUUUCAGUAGCAUUAUGUCUAAACUAAAGCUUCAUCACGUAUUUGUGUUGGUAUUAGUUAAAAGCAUUGUUAAAGUUGUUUCUAAUUGUUAUGUGGAGGUUAUUAUUGAAAAUAGGUUCAUUUUGAUGUACUAUAAAUGUAAUAAGAAAAACAGCAUCAAUUUAAUUUUUCCAGCUAAGAAAAAUUCUGCUUUGUCCUCAGUCACUGAGCCAGGCCAGUGUUUCUAAACCCAAGACAUGACUCAGCAUUGCUGAUAUUUUUAUUGUGAUUCAACAUUUUAAAACUCAUCAGAAUUUCAUUAAAUUUCAGUAUUACUUGAUAUUUGGUUUAUAUACAAAUCAUAUCAAUUACGAAAAUAUUUCUAGCAUUGAUUUAGUCCCGGUGCAAAGGUUUUGUACUUAAUGUUAAAAAGAUACAUUUAUCAAAAGGAUGCAUUUAUGAACAACAAAAUGUAAUCGAUGUCUCAUGUAUCUCAUUACAUGAUAUCCUGUUUGAUAUUUCGAUUUUUCAUUUAUUCGUGUUAAUCCCAGUACUGUGAAUUAAUUUCUGCUACUUCAUAUCGUCAAUAUGCAAUGUACUCUUAAAUCUGCCUAUUAUGUAAUAUCACAGGUACAUGACUACAUUAAAUGUAUUCUUUGUCAUGAAAUUUAUGAUGAAUUGUCACACAGCCAAUGAAAUAAAAUUGAUUGGAACUCAAAA